GCAGUGCGGGCCGGGGCGGGCCGCAAUGGCGGCCGUGGCGGCGGCGGGACACGGCGGGGGCUGGCAGCGAGUGCUGGUCAUGCCUCUCUUGCUCGUCAUGCUGCAGCUGGAGGGCGCCGCCCCACAGGCUGCCCUGCCUCUGGUCAUCAACACCUGGGCGUUUAGGAAGGCCGCAGAGACAGCUUGGAGAGUAUUACAUAUGGGGGGUUCUGAGCUGGAUGCUGUUGAGAAAGGCUGUGGUCAGUGUGAGAUUGACCAAUGUGACGGGAGUGUGGGAUAUGGAGGAAGCCCAGAUGAAAGUGGAGAAACAACACUGGAUGCAAUGAUUAUGGAUGGCAACACUAUGGAGGUUGGGGCAGUUGCGGAUCUCAGACGUGUAAAAAAUGCAAUUGGUGUAGCACGAAAAGUCAUGGAAUACACUAAGCAUACAUUAUUAGUGGGAGAAUCAGCCUCCCUGUUUGCUGUAAGAAUGGGGUUUCCAUAUGAAGAUUUAACUACCCAAAAAUCUCUUUUGAUGUAUUCAAACUGGCUUAAUCAAAGCUGUCAGCCAAACUACUGGAAGAAUGUGGUACCAGACUCUGCAAAAUCCUGUGGACCAUACAAACGGCAUGAAAAUGUAGUUUUCAAAGAAAACCAGACCCUCUCACGAAGAAGUGUUCAUGAUCAUGAUACUAUUGGUAUGGUUGUAAUCGGUUGUUGUGGAACUGUUGCUUCUGGGACAUCCACUAAUGGUGCUGUACACAAAAUUCCAGGCCGUGUAGGAGAUUCUCCAAUAGCUGGAGCAGGAUCCUAUGCAGAUAGUACAGCUGGAGGAGCUGCAGCUACUGGGGAUGGUGACAUCAUGAUGCGCUUCUUACCCAGUUAUCAAGCUGUGGAGUAUAUGAGGAUGGGAACAGACCCGAUGGUAGCCUGUCAGAAAGUUAUCUCCAGAAUCCAGAAGUAUUCCCCAAAAUUCUUUGGUGCUGUUAUAUGUGCCAAUACAACUGGAAGUUAUGGUGCUGCGUGUAGUAAAGUUCCAGGAUUCACUCAGUUUCGUUUCAUGGUUUCUAGCCCUUUGCUAAGUCAGCCCACUGAGCAAGUAGUAGAUUGCAUUUAAUUUUUUCUUGUCCUGUUAACAUGAAAACUAAGAGGAGGAAAGCGUUAAGGUUCCCAGGGAUUAUGGUUUUUAAUGGUUGCUUAUUUUCACUGUUGCAUAAUCAUGUGAACAAGUACAAAGGUAUGUUGAUGAUGCAGCUGCUACUUCACUGUUUUUUAUAUUUUUUACUUUUUGAUUACUUUGUGUAGUGCAAUUAAGCUGAAUCUGUGGUUUCCUGAUGUAAUUAUCUUGCUAAGUUAUUUUGACAUGAUUGUAGACCAGUACUAUAAUCUAGAGUGAAGUUUAAAAACUAACUCUGUGUAGUCUGAGGGAAGUAAACAUAGUUGCAAAAUUAUAGUUUGUGCUGACACUUUCACAGUUAGCAUAGACAAUUCAUCUCUUUAAAAAUCUACAUGUAAGAGAAAUGGCUGAAAUUGAUAUAUCACUACUGAGAUAUCUUAAAUAAUUAAUUUAGUAGGGAUUAUCUUACAUUCCAACUCAGUUUUUAGAAUUUUGUGAACCUGACAAUCAAACUGGUUCUAAAUCCCAUAAAAAAGUUAUCUGUUGUAUGUUGACGUCCAAGUACUGCCAAGAGCUUUGGUCACUCGGAAAAAAAAACCAAAAAACAACAAACAAACAAACAAGAAAAAACAAAACUUUCAAGGAGGAUUCAUAAAGUGGACAUGUGGUCAUACAGAUGCAAAGAGACCAAGUGUGUAAUGGCUCCUGUAGUCUGUUUUUAUAAGAAGUAGCCAGAAGUGAUGAAUAGUAAACAUUUCACUUUGACAUUUAAAAACAUUUGUCAGAAAUCUGGAAUGAAGGAGAGGGAGCGGGAGGGGUCCUGCUCUACACAGGAGUCUUGUUUUGAGAAGAUUUAACUGUCUUUCUAAGAUUUAGUCUGGAUUUUCUUUUCUCUUGAAAAGAAAAUGGCAUGCAAAUACUUUCAAGCAAGAAAAUCAGGUUGAAGAGUAGUGGAGAAGAUUUCAAAGCUUUAAGAGUUAAGGAGCAUCUCCUUGUGGACCUUUCUAACUUGUUUCACAGCAUCUGAAAAUACAUUUGAAUAGGGAGGACUUCCAAACAUACCUUGUAGUACAAGCCUUCAGGGAGUAUUUUGUUGACUAACUGGAUGUUAAGAUAGGUGGAAAUCUUCCUGUCACCUUUUUUUUUUUUUUAGCAGAAGUUACAUAUCUCAGUCACAGUGAUUUCCUUGUUACUAAUCUGCUGUGCAAUUGCCCUUUCCUGUAGCACAUCUAGCCCUGCAAAGGAGCAGUUGCGUACCUAGAGUGUGACAGUUACUUAACAGCUGAUGAAGCUGGGUUUGUCACUUUCUGUGUCAAAAGGUGCCAGGAUUCAUUUUUAUUAGAAGAUCAGCAUCUUGAGGAUUGUUGUAUAAGUAUUGGAAGAUCUGUUUGAUCGUUUUCUACCUUUGCUGCUUUGCUGAUGAUUUGAAUCUUUGCUAAACUUGAUCUAGGAGAAGUUAAAAGUGGGGGGAGCAAGUAAAAUGUCUUGUUAAGCACUUUAGUUAUCCUUUAUCUACUUUAAUAAAAUCAUUGGGUAAUAAAAGGUCACCUUAAUGUAUCAUUUAUAAGUAAAAUUGUUCAGAUCUGUGUGUAUGUAUGAUUGUUUCCUUAGUGUCUUUGAAGGUUGGAAAAAAUGUUGAGACUAGAGUAGUAGCCAUCUUUUAAUGGUCUGCUGUUUUAACUUCUUCAACAAAGUACUUUAUUUGGUGAUUCACUUCUGUCACUGGAUCUUUAGAGCAUCUUGAAGCACAUAGUUCACUAUAGGCCACAAUAAGCUUUAGUCAAGGAAGCUCUUACUGAAUAUAUCUGCAGUGGUUUAAGAUAAGCUUUCUACCUGUCCUACUUACAACCCUUUUCUCGUGGCUGCUGUAUCUGCAGAUAACCAGGCAGUUAAGUGCAAAUAGAUUAAUAAAAUCCCAAUUAUUCUUACUGUGGAGAUAGCACUGUGGAUUGUGAACACAGAAGGUUCAGUACUGGCAGCUGAGUGGUAAUGUCUCAAACUGCUGCAGCUGAAUCCACUAGGAUUAAUUUUUGAGAGAGGCUGGGGACAUCCAUGGCUGGCUUUCUAGUGUCCUCAGGCCACUCUGUGCUACCUAGUGUGCUACCUAGUGUACGUCUCCAGAGGCUGUGAAUGCCCAUGUGGAAAGAUGAUGAGUACUCUGCAACAGCGUACCUGAAGUCACCAAGUUACAAUUCUAACCUACUGCAUAGUCAUCUCAUCUGUACGUGAACUUGUCUCCUUGAGUUAAUAAUGUAGGUUGCUUUCUCAUGCUGAAUUUGUUAUCACAAAUUAUAGGAUUGAUUUGUGUAAACCAUUUUACUCCAUUGUUAAUUUGAAAGUGUAUUUACUUACAAUAUUUAUACAUACAUCAUUCUGAUCUUAUUGACAUAAUCCUGAAUUUAAAAAUUUAUUUGCUUAAUAUUUUGUAUUUAGAAUAUUUCUUUAAAGGUUGUUAGUAAUAGUGCUCUUCUCUUAUGCUUAGCAGAUACAUGAGGUUUUUUAAGAAAGCUUUCUACAGGGACAAGUGAUUGCCAAAAGUAAGCAAAAACUCAAUGACAGUUUCUGCCGUGGCUACAAAAAAACCAAAAUCCUACAGUUUCUGAUUUCAAGGAAUAUUUUAAAAAAGUUUUUACUAUGGAACUUUUACUACAAAAUGCAGAAGAAACCUCAAAAAAUAUUAAUAUUUGCAGGUUAGUGGUACAGUUGAAUACAUCCUGCCUGUAAAGUUGUAGGAUUUUUUUCAGUCAAACUUUUAAGUUCAUUGGCUUCUAGGUAAUCUGCUUUUUCUGUUUCUGAAACUUCUUACCAAAUUAUUGCUUCCUCCAGUGAAGACAGCAAAACAAUCUUAGCUUAGUUGUCUGACUAUUUCUAUUUUUCAUCUUUUGCAUACUUCCCAGGCUGACUCCAAAAUACACUUCAGCUCUAAUUCUGUUUAUUGCUAAAUUAUUAUUUUGAUUGGUGGUGGUGUGUAAAAAAUAUAAAAAGCAGAGAGCUCUGCCACUUUAAUAUAGUUGUGCAGUUGAGUUGUGUUUUAUAUUUCUCCUUUCUUAGCCUUUGUCAUUUAAAGAUCCUAAGAAGUAAGAAAUUCACUCUAGCAAUAAAUCCAGUGGCCUUGGUUUAUGUAAAGCUGUGAAGAACCUUAAGUUAUUACUUCUCCAAGACAAGCAAACAGAUAUUAUUAUAGAACCUAACCUGCCCAACAGGAGAAAGGCUUUUUGUCAAAGAGAGUCCACUGAAGUCUGGUCUUCCAACUGUUAUUUGCAGACUGUAUUUAGUAUUUAUAGAAUGUCAGGAUAACUGAAUAGGUUAAAUACCCUGUGAUACUCUGAGACUUUAAUUUCUUGUUUUCAUAGUUAGAAGAUUAAAAUGUUUCAGAUACUUCUCUGUUGAAGGCUUAGUAACUGGAAUUCGCAAAUGUGUACAAUCUCAAUUACAGACAAGCUUUUUGUCAAACACUGACAGAUUUUUACAGAUUUUUUUCCUACUGAUUAAAUUACUACAGAAGAAAUGAAAUUACAUAUUUACAUAUAAACAUUUACAUUUUACAGUAAUAUUUCAUAAUAUUAUAUUAAGCAACCAUAAUAUUAGAUCAGCUUGUAAUUGCAAAACUGAAAUGGGAAACUAAGUAAUAUCUUUCUCAUAGACUUUUAGGAUCUGGAUGUUGUAUUGUUUGAAAGUCUGAAGAAUGUUUGCCUUCAUGUUAAUUUCCACAGACUAUAUUAGCACAUUAAUUUUACUUAAAGACUUCACUUAAAUUACUGUAUAGGUUCUCUGUUGUUGCACAGGAUCUUGAAAAAUUAUAUUCUCUUUAGCUCUGCAGGAUAGGUUUUUAGGCAAGUUGUUUUCACUUGCCACACAAAUUCUCCUGCACCCCUUCCCACCACUUGCUUCUGCCCCAUGCAAAAGUAAUUUUGUCUGAGGCUUGAAGUAUAUUUUAGGAUGACUUUUGCUAAGGGCUAGUGUCACAUGCUGCUAAAGCCAUUUCACAAAAAUUUCACAAAAUCACCCACAAACCAAAUAGUUAUAUCACUUAUACUUGCUACAAACUACAGCAAUUUUUAAAGAACCUUCUGUUCUGCCUAAAGCCUUCUUUCAUGUAUAGACAUGCUUCUUUACUACCUCUGAAACCAGAAGAAUAAUGGUGGGUUUUUUCCCUGUUCUGUCAUUAAUAGCACUUUAUAGUAUCUUCAAAUGUAUAGGGCUCUUUUGUUUUAUAAAUGUUUUCUUCAUAUUAAUUUACUUGUUGCUGUCAGCAGACUUGUGUCAUUUUAACAGCUUGACACAUUCUGACUGUACCCAUCCAGAUUCAACUGUUGGUUCUAAAGUUUACCUUGUGCAUAAUUUAGACUGUCUUGUAUUACUAUUUUACCAAGUUGUAUUUGGAGAGAAGGAUCUAAGUUUUGGAUGUUAGACUUCUUAAAAGUGGCAUAGUUCCUCAAGCAGUUUGUAGUUUUUUUCUUGAUGUUUGAGAAGCCUAUUGUCUGUUUUUUGGGAGAGAGGGAGGACUUAAGGGGUUUUUUUGUGUUCGUAAAUACAAAAAAAAAAAAAAAAGAAAAGAUUGUACUCUAUUGUCCUGAAUUAAUAAAUGAUGGCUACAGAGUGGCAUUUUUGAGGACUGAGGAAGGAGGAGAUACUCAAGAAGCAGUAUCACAGUAGAUUCCAGUAUCGCAGUACUACAGAUUAAGGAUUAUACUUACCUAGGCCAUGAAUGCUUAUUGUUUGUAAGUAGAUGUUUGAUAGUAUAUGGUGAUUAUUUAUUAAAUACAAUGUGAUAGGCUAUUUGAAAAUAAAAGUGGUUGUGCUGCUAGCUUAAUGCUACUCCUAGAUAUUCAUUGUUACAAGAAAAAUUCCAAGGCAAGUUAUCAUAGAUGAUCUGUGAGGAUGAAGGUUGCAUUGGCAGGCUAAUACACAGAGAAGUAAAAAGGAACUGAAACUUCCCAUAAAUUAAUAUAUUUAUCUGCAGCAAUUUUUCUGAGCACUGAGAAGCAAUAUAGAACUGACGAUUUAAUACUGUUGUUGCAUAAUCAAGUCUUUAUCUAAGAUUUUUUUUUUUUCUGAUGGAUUUAUAGUAAUAGAUGAAGUAAAGCAUCAUAGAUUAAAAGAGUGAAUGGGAAAAUAUCCUGGUUUGCACCAAGAUGAAGCCACUUUUCCUUUUACUGAUUUUUUUAUUUAUUUUUUUUUCCCUUCAGUAAGCUUUCUUUUAACUAGUAGCAGAGUGUUCCAGCUAGGAAUGAUAACAAAUGGUAGAAUGUUUUUGUAACUGCUGUGUCUUCAAGGUCGCACCUUCACUCUGCCGGCUCAGACACUACAGGGAGAUCUAUAACCCCCCCAUAGGAGGCUGAGUUAGACAGACAGCAAAACUGGCCAGAGAUAUUCCAUUCCAUAUAUCUACGUAAGCUCAGAGGAGGGUCAGAGGUCACAGAAGACAGCUUCCUUCCUGCUUCUUCUUCCCUUCCGUCCAUGGCCGGCAUCUGGGGACGACUCUGUCUAUCCAUCACCAUCGACCCCCAGGCUUGAGCUCUCCUGACCCUCAUCACUCUUUGCUUUCUCCAGCAGCUCUGGGAUUUUUUAGGACUGUUCCCAUCUAAGGAGAGUGCUGUGGGAAUUGCUGGGGGUGGGGAGAGGCAAUAGGGGUUUGCACAUACCUGAACAUAUUUGUAUAUAAUUGUAUAUAUUUUCUUAUAUCAUUAGUGUUUAAUUAAAGCUGUGUAGUUUAGUUUUUAA